AUGGCCGUCGUCGUCAAAGAAUGUGGCUCUCACGGAAGCAGCUCACCCCGCCUCCUCAACUUCCUCCGUCGCAAUAUCAUCUGCUUAGUAAUAUUCAUCAUCGUAACCAUCAUCGGAAUUGUCCUAGCUUGGGUAAUUCUUCACUCACCAAAGCCACACUUCAUCCUCCAAGACGCAACCGUCUUCUCCUUCAACGUCUCAGGCGACCCACCGAACGUACUCAGCUCCAGUAUCCAAACCACUCUCAUCUCUCGUAACCUUAACGGCAAGACAGGAAUCAACUACGACCGUCUCGACGUCUACGCUUCUUACCAGAGCCAGCAGAUCACUCUCCCGACGUCGAUACCGGCGGCUUAUCAAGGAUACGAAGAAGUCAACGUCUGGUCUCCUUUCAUCGGUGGAAAGAAUUGA